ACUUAAUUAGAUAUAUUUUAAUUGUAGUUUUAUACAAUUUUAAGUGUUUUUUAAACCAAUUUUAAGACACUCCCACACGUAUUGCAAUAAAAAAAACUAUGUUCAAGAGACUUUCCGCACCAGAUGUAGCUCUCGCUAAGAAGUUGGCGCCUUGGGAGAAAAUCAAAUGGAAGGAUGAUCAACUGCAGUCCAUCUAUACUGACUGGGGCAAAUACUUUACUAAGAAUUCGCAUCUGAACCUUGGUACUCAAUAUCUUGAUGCUGCCUUAAAGAUACGCCCCGAAAACUCUAAAGCCCUCAUAAGGAGAAAUCAGGUGAAGCUGGCCGAGGGGCGGCCGAUGGAGGUGCUCGCUGAUGCGAUGAAAUCAAAGAAUAUUAUUGGGAAGAAUAUUCAUCGCGGCUCAUGUCACGAAUUUGAUUUGCAGAUUUGUGAUGCACUCCUGGAGUCGAAUCAGUUUGAGGAAGCAAAAAGAUUCGCUCACUCCAACCUGAAGGCUCUGAACCAUUCGCAAAUGUUAUCUAUGCAGAAACGUAUAGCUGUGGCUAAUAGUGUUUUAUGUCACGUGCUAUCCCCUUCAACAGAAUUACCUUUGUAUAGACUGAAAAAAAAUAUGAUAGCAGAUAAGGCCACGAAGCCCAAAGUCGUGAAGUCCGACUGUGAUGUGCUCAGCAUACAAGCAAAAGAGCCAAAGAUUCUUUCGCCACUGGGAAAAAAGCGUCAUGAACGUCGGCUUAUAGCAUUUUCCCAGGUAUAUGUGCCCUACGCUUGGAAGGACAUUAUAUUUCUGAAGAACAUACGCGACAAUCCGAAUCUUCUAGUAAAGCAGAGUAUUGAGUCAUCAGAUUUUUUGCAAACUUUGGUCAAUGAUAGGUACAACACAGUGCGAAGCUUUACCAGAAUGCUGCAUGCCCGCCAGCCCAUCUACAGCAAACAGUAUAUGAAUACGGACCUCUACCGCAAGAACCAUCAGGAUAACUUCUUUCGCAUACAGUAUCAAACGAGGCGUAAUAUGUUCUCGAUACUGCAAAAUAUUCGAGCUUUGAUUAAGAAAAAUGACCUAACUAAAUUAACAAAAUAUGUGACCGAUGUAAUGGACUCCUAUGUGGCAAUCAAAACGCACCGAAUCAUGCCUUGGAAAUUUGAAUUUAUUAAUGAGGUCUUCAACUACUUGGGUUUGGCCCGCAUUAAUAAAUACAAAAUUCCAAGCAAUCUUAAUACAUUGGGGCGAUCAAAUCUGAUAACUCUACUUGGGAUUCCGAAAAAUAUUUCAAAUAUUUGCAAUGUAAUAAAUAAUAAUUUAGUUCAGAUCAAAAAAGAGAAGAUCGGCGACACGAAAGACACCUUCAAAAAUCGCAUUAGUUAUUUAGAGAAUCGCCUGCGAUUCGCCACGUAUACCAUAGAGCGCUGUUUUUUGUACCACGAGCAGGCACAGGCGAGCCUGGAUAAUCAUUCCUUUGAUAAGUGCUGCCUUCUCGCCCGCAAGUCAAUGGAUGAAGCCAACCGGGGUCAUCACUAUGUAUGGGGUGUUUUGAGCGCCCUCAUCGCCUGUAAAGCACACACAGUGUUGGGAAAAGUUGAAAAACAGAAGGAAACACUGAAAGAAGCGCUAAACUUCGCCAAGCAUCUGAAGAACAUUGAUCUCAUUCUGUUUAUUGACAUUUGUCUCAAGAUAAACAACGAGGAAAUUGAGUUGAAGAAUUAUCUAACUGGAACCGAUGGCUACGUUAAACGUCCGCAGCGUCGCCUAAUCUCAAGCAUUGAGAACUCUGAAAGCUCUAUCAAUACAAAUUCCAAUAUAAUUGCACCCGAAAUGCGUCAUGAAUAA